CAGUUCGAUGCAAGGCAUGUGCAUUGUGCGCACGGGGGCACUCCUCCGACAAUCAUGACUGUCGUAAAAACUAUGAAGGUAGCGCAAAGUCUAUGGAGCCUAACAUGGCUGUGGAGUUGAUCAUUUAUAACCAGCAUCUGAAGGACGAAAACGUUUGCGUUAACGUAUUGAUUGGCGACGACGACUCAUCAACUAUUGCGGCAGUGCGGCGCGAAUCUACCACACAAAUAGAUAAGUGGUCUGAUCUAAACCACGCAUCCAAGGCGAUGAUUAAUUCGUUGUAUGGUUUGAAGCUGCCAACUAAAAUCAUCGAGUAUUUUUUACGAUGCUUUACUUGCGCGAUAAAAAAGAAUGAAGGCAAUCCUGAAGCAGUAAAGUGUGCAUUAAGAAACGUCGUGUCUCACGCUUUUGGUAAUCAUGAGCGUUGUGGCGAGUGGUGUCGCUAUUCUAGCAUAGGUGAAGAGUAUCAGCCCAAAGGCCUUCCUCAUGGAAAGCCCUUAUCAGAUCCACAGCUAAAAUCUGCACUUACUUCUGUCUUCACGAGAUUCGCAAAUAAUUCUGACAAAUUGGCACCGUGCGGUUCUAGCCAAGGCAACGAAUCCUUUAACAGUUCAGUUGCCAGCAAGGCUCCAAAAUCAAAAUACUACGCAGCAUCAGAGUCCCUCAAUUUUCGAGUAGCUGCAUCAGUUUGCCAAAAAAUAUUGGAGUGACCUACAUUGAACAGGUUUAUAAAGAGCUGAAUCUGUCGCCGAGCAAAGCCACGGUAAAAUUCCGCGAAUCGAAAGAAAGUGUCAGAAAAC